AUGGCACACGCUGCACACCACAUUGCCCGGGCUUAUCCGCCUCACGGGCGCUUGGCCUCCUUUUGUGCGGGAGGCGAGUCAGUGGGUGAGGCUGCGUGCGAAGGGGAUGAGUAUCGCGAUUUUGCUUUCACGCCACUGCUUCCUACCCGCCUUUACACGGCAGCCCAGGUGCGCGAUAAUGAAGCGCGGGCUGCCAAGGAGAUGAACAUCAGCAUGCCUGAUCUGAUGCAUCGGGCCGGCUCGGCCGCCUAUGAACUUUUGACCUUUGCACGACGUGAAGCUCGGCACAUUACCCUACUCAUUGGCAAGGGAAACAACGGAGGGGAUGCUUACAUUGUCGGUCAGCGAGCCCUCGAAAACGGGCUCACCGUUCAUGCCGCUCAGGUGGGCGAUCCGGAGAAGCUCAAGGGAGAUGCUCUCAACGCGUACAAGCGCUUUGUUGAGCUGGGUGGCGUCGUCCAGCCCUUGGAUGAACAUUUCGUCAUCCCCUCAGAAACCCAGGCCAUUGUUGAUGGCCUCUUUGGCAUUGGCCUUGAUCGCGAUAUUGCUCCCGGACCUUUUCGACGGGCCAUUGAACAAGCUAAUGCACACCCAUCAGCUCUACGUUUGGCCAUUGAUAUACCCAGUGGCAUCCUGGCUGACACGGGAAAGGUUGCUGGAGUGGCCUUCCAGGCCGAUGUCACGGUCACGUUUAUUGCGUGCAAGAAGGGUCUGUUGACGGCCAAGGCUCCCGACUAUGUGGGGCGGCUGUAUUAUGCGCCUUUGGAUGUGCGCCAAGCCUUUGAGAAUCUCGUCACUUGCACGAUUGAACGAGUGAGCUAUCAGUCCCUCCUCCGCGACGACCGCCUCCUGGCUCUCAGACCAAUGACUGCGCACAAGGGCUCUUUUGGAAAGGCCAUCCUCGUGGGUGGAUACAAGGGCAUGCCAGGUGCCAUCCGUAUGGCCGGCGAAGCAUGCCAGCGCGUUGGUGCAGGCUUGGUGCGUGUCGUCACGCACACUCAAAGCUUGGCACCCGUAGCCAUUGGCCGCCCUGAGCUCAUGGUCGAGGGGCUCGAUGAAGAGGUGUUGGCGCAAUCGGAUCGACCGGUGGUGCUGGAUGCCGAUGCACUCAAUCUGCUGGCGGACCGUGUUGUGUCUGAGCCAUCGCGCACCAAUUGGGUGCUGACUCCACACCCAGGCGAGGCAGCUCGGCUGCUGGGCGUGAGCACUUCGGAGGUUGAACAGGACCGCUUUGCAGCGGCCCGCCAACUCCAAAUACGCUACGGGGGCGUGAUUUUGCUCAAGGGGUCUGGGACCAUUGUGGACGAUGGUUCCUUGGUGUCGGUGGUGUCCGAUGGCAAUCCAGGCAUGGGUUCCGGGGGCAUGGGGGACACGCUCACGGGCAUCAUUACAGGCUUGUUAGCGCAGGGUUUGUCGCCCUCCGAGGCUGCGCGGGUUGGCGCUGCUCUACAUGCGCGGGCAGCCGAUGAAGUGGCCAGCACAUACGGCGAGCGAGGCAUGUUGGCCACUGAUCUUCUCGAGCCCCUCCGCCACCUCGUCAAUCCCGUUCGCCGCGUCCGACUUCAAACCGACGCCUAA